AUGGCUUUCUCAGGGCCCAGUCGCGCCGCUGCCUGGACGCUUUCGCUGCCUACAACUACUAAGCCAGUUGAGUCUGCCAUUCUUCCGGACGAUGGAAGUAAAGGUAGCUCAGAGUCCAUCAUCGGAGAAGAUUUGCGCGAGUUGGUAGAUUCCCGUGAUAUGCAAGAUGGAGGAAAAUAUCGCUCCAUUGUGAAGAUCCAGUCCCGAUUUCAAGAUGGAGGGCAACAAACUUGGAUGAUGGGAAGCGGAUGGCUCAUUCGUCCAGACCUCCUCGUCACCGCUGGUCAUGUUGUCCACGACUGGGGACGCAAGCUAGGCCCAGCUGAUCAGAUCAAGUGCUACAUUGGUUACAAUGGCAGACAAUCUGUCGGGUCAUCUCAGGUCCAGGCGCGAUACGGCGCCAAGGUUGUGACCCCUGUUGAAUGGAUUGAGGGUUCGAGCAACCGUGCGAAGGAUGUUGCUUUCAUUCAACUUGACCGGCCUUUCACGGGUAACUUACGCCUCUUCAGCUAUCUCAAAACCCCAGAGACAGGUGAUGGUACAUACCUGGGCGUCGUCGGAUAUCCUGGCGAUCAAUCCCUGGAGGAUGAACAAGGUGCUCAGAUGUAUGAAGAGUUUGCCAAGAGUGAUUAUAACAUUGGAGAGAGCCCUCGCCAUAUGGUUGAGUAUUCUAUUUCAACCUUUGCAGGACAAUCUGGUGCCCCAGUCUUGCGCAACUCCAAUGGGCAACUUCGUGCAAUUGGAACUCACAGCUAUGGUGGCGGUGGCUUUGAUAGCAACUCAGGCACUACGAUUGGAAACGCCCAUGGAAACAAUUAUGACGAUUUGAUCAGUCUAUUUGACAAGAGAACGACCUUUGGCGAUGUUGGCAAGGUCCAAGUCGUUCAAACUCAAAACCAACCUAGAGGCACCAAUGAGCCUUAUGGUUUAGACAGAGGUUACCCUGGCAGAACAGUUGAAACCUCAGGUUUCAAUGAAGAGGACUUCUUCGACACCUUGAAAAGCGUGGUAAACGUGGGAAGAGAUGCCUUGCCCUUUGCUUCCCCUUUCCUUGGUCCCAUCGGUGGCCCUCUUAGUGCAGUGGUCGGAACUCUGCUUGGAUCACUUACAGAGAGCAGACUUUCUCAGAGCACUGACAUCGAAACGAAUGGGCCCGCUGAGCGUGCGGUACUCGCUGAAGCUGCUUUUCAAGCCCUCCUCGUUUCCGAUCACGAUGAGGAUAUAAUGGAGAUUCUCGACAAGAUGAGACAAAUUUGGCAAGCCGGGGCCCUGAAAACUGACACUCUCGCCCCUGCUAUCACUCCAAUCCUAGCUGAAUACAGUGCAGAACUUUCAGGCCAACUUGCUGAGGAAACCAGAAACUCCAGAGAACGAUUUGGGGGUAAUCGUCGUCGCCUGGAGGUGAACAUCACAGAAAGUGCUGUAAUGGAUGGAGGGGCUGCCUUCGUUCAAGGUCUCAUGGGUCCAACUCGACAACUUGAAGGGGGAGGAGACGUUGUCGAAUGGCUUGGUCCCGUGCUCAACAUUGCAGUCUCUGAUUCCAAGCCACUUGCUUCCAAGUCCACUUCUGCGGCUCUCUCAGGCCUGAGAAGAAUCGGCCAAGAGAAGUUUGCGAUUGAGUCAUCCACCUCUAAUGCGAACGAGGAUGUCACCAAGAUCUUGAUCAAGCGUGCUGUCUUAGCAGAUGCGGCUCUUCAAGCCGUGAUGACCCUUCCCCGCGAAAGACUAGACCGGUUAAGGCCUAUCGGAAAAGAUGGCGACGCCACAAGCAUCUUCGAUUUUAUCAAGGACGCAGUUCAAAGGCUUGGACCAAUUGCAGUCGACGUUGCGAAGAGGACAGCCAUUAUAUUUGGUCCUCGUCUCCUCAGCGCUGCCAAUUGGAAAGACUCAGCCGUCGAUACUGAAGUUUCCCCUCCUCGCCGGAUGAAGAAGCCUUCAAUGAUGGAUUAUCUUAACCGUUAG